AUGAGAGCUUCCAUAUUGAGCUCGGUGUUACUUGCCGCUGCCGUGGCACCUGUUUCUGCCAGAGACUCGGCUUCCGCUGCCGUUUAUGAGCUCUCCCACAAGUCCACUGCCGAUUCCAUUACCGCUUCGUUCACAGCAGGUCGUUUAUACUUGGCGGACAAACUCGGUCUUUCCGACUACUUCUUCGUUAAUGACGCUGAAAUUGAUACUUUGAACGAGUUGCACAAGCAGGAUUCCCCAUCUGAGUCCUCCAAGCCAAAGCUUUUCAUUGAAUUGAAGGGAGUCGACCACCCAGCCGAAUUCUUUGAAAGCCAGGAAUUGUCCCCACUCUUCAAUGUUAAGGGCCACAUCAAGGAGUUUGCAGACAACUCUCUUCAUAAAUUUGCAUCAAUUCUCUCUUCGAGCUCCGAGGACUUCGGUGCUGCCCACUUGACCAAGGAGAUCAAGGCCGUGGGUCCUAAGAACGUUGUUUCGAAACUUAAAGAGCCUUUCCGUCAUUUUGACGAUGCUAUGGUCACUGCUUGGAAGCAUUUCACCGGAAAGGGUGACCAUCAGAAGCGUGACCAACAGCUUCUUGACCUUGGUCUUCAGGAGUCUGGCUUGAAGCUCGUCAACGACAAGCAUUUCAUCAACGACCUUGCUUCUUUGAUCCACUUGAAGGCUUCUGAGGCUGUUGAAAGCACUGUUGUGUUCGCCAAGUCAGUUUCCCUUCUCUCCAUUGGCCGUAAGAUUGGCUACGACUCAAAGACAUACAAGUUGUCAAAGAAAGCCCUUGGUGAUGCUCUCAUUGAAUUGCAAAAGGAAUUCGAUGUGAUCAUUGUUGCUGUUGGACUUGACGCCGUUCUCCACGAAACCCAGCAGGCUGAAUUGGAGAAGCGUGGUGUUGAAUUGGAAUCGUUGUUCUCUACAUUCGAAAAGAGAGCUACUGGCGGUGCUUGCUUCAAGGAUGAAGAAGCUUGUAACAGCGCCACCUCCAACUGUUCUUCCCAUGGCUCUUGUAAACAAACCAAGAAGAAUUGCUGGCAAUGUGCUUGUAAGGCAUCUUACGACAAGGAGAAGAGCAAGACCACCAACUGGAGUGGUUUCGACUGUGGCAAGAAGGACAUUUCUGCCACUGCUCAUCUCUUGUUGUGGACCACCGUGGGAUUGAUCUUAUCUAUCGCUGCAGGUGUCAAGCUUCUCUUCUCUAUUGGCGGCGACGCUUUGCCUGGUGUAUUGGAGGCCGCCACCCAAGUGAAGAAGACUGGUCAAUUGGGAAAGCAAUGGUCUACUAACAUGCUCGUUGACCAACAGUUGGACCCUCAGCAAACAGUGGCUGAGAACUUGAACACUGAACAACAUAUCAAACAUAAGCUAUUGACUAUUGACUAUACGGUUUGUCUACUACAGAGAAGAGUUCAGGCUUACGAAAUUCAGGUGUUCAUCAGUGACGGACUGGAAACUUAUGACUACAGCAGAACAACUAAAUAA